UCUCGUUUCUCGUUGAUGAUAGUAAAUAGGUCGCGGUGACCAUCACUUCGACGUAGGACUCACUCGACGGUCACGAGUGUUCACUUUACCCAUUAUCAACAUCGGUUACUGUCAACGAAUCCUUUAGGAAAUGCGCCCUUGCUUCGAACACCGCAACGUCGUCGAACACCCAGAAUCGAAACCGCACUAAACUUGAUUGGUUUUUUCCUUUCGAUUCCAUUAAAGAUUUUCCACAGUUUCUAAUAUUGUAAUCCCGCAGUGACUUGAAGUAAAUGUUUUAAUUAGAGUGUCGUCACGUCCCUCCAGACCCUUCAAGUUUGGAAUUAAGGUGACUUCUUCUAGAGUGUAUGUGGAGUACGUGAUCCGCACAAAUGGAAAUUCAACUUGAUUUAUAAUCAGAAUCUGACACAAAACUACGUAUGGUGGAAAUAAAUUAAAAAAGAGGGGAUGCCCGGACGUAGUCCAGCUACAAUCUGAAGCCUGUCAAGUCAUCUAACCAGGCAUGGAAAUGUGUCAUCGUAAAGUGUGUUUAUCUGUGCUCUUGUGCGCGAUGUGCUUUGCGGUGCUUGGGACAAACGCGGCUCGUUGGUCACACUUCGCCAUGCUGAGUCCUGAUUACAGAUUACUAUGGUCCUUAGGUCCUGGACCGCAGGACAUUACAUUUGAGUUACAAGUGAGGACGCUUGGGUAUGUCGGUUUUGGAUUUUCCAAGGAUGGAAGGAUGCCAGGAUCAGAUAUGAUCGUGGGAUGGGUGGAUAAAGGCCAAGUUUAUUUUCAAGACCGUCACGUAACCAACGCGGACCGUGAACCGGAAGUGGACUCCAGCCAGGACUACCAACUGCUUCUCGGCUACGAGAACAGCACCCACACCGUUCUGCGAUUCAGGAGGCAGUUAGACACAUGCGAUCACCACGAUAUACCGAUAACGAACGACACGAUGCGAAUACUGUGGGCUUUCCACCAGCAAGAACCUAUUGGAGGCGCUGUCGCUCCUGGUUCUUUACCCGACCGGGGUCUCGAAUCCCGUGGGAUUCAAUCUCUGUACCUAGUCCAGCGAGCCGAUCAAGACGCCCCAAGUCCCGAAGAAAAGGUGCAUGUCUGGGAGAUUACUAACAAGGAUGUUCCGACUCCCGCUCCGGGUGACACUUUGUACUGGUGUAGGGUGGUGAGAUUGCCUCCUUUGGCGGACAGACAUCAUUUAAUUAGAUAUGAACCCUUACAAGAAACGGGAGGAUUCGGUGGACUUCAACAUGUUGUUCUUUAUGAAUGUCAAGAUACCUCAUCUGUUCAUGUUUUGGCGGAUAGCUCAGGUCGUCAAUGUUUCGAUGCCAGCGUACAACCAUUAGCUUGUAGUACAGUUGUAGCCAGUUGGGCGAAGGGUUCAGAGGGGUUUAGCUUUCCACCAGAAACGGGAUAUCCCCUAGAAUCGAGAUUCUAUCUUUUAGAAACACAUUACGUUAGUCCAACAGAUGGCACAUUGGGAAAUUUAGAUGGAUCGGGUCUUCGAUUAUAUUAUACACCCACACUUAGACGCCACGAAGCUGGAGUUAUAUCAAUAGGAAUGGACCCAAACUGGCGACACAUCAUCCCACCUGGACAACACCGCGUCGUUUCUUCCGGACACUGUGUUCCGGAGUGCACAAAACAGGCAUUUCCCGGUGGCGGGAUCAAUAUGUUUGCAGUGGUGAUGAAGACCCACAGAAUAGGACGGCAGGUCUCGUUGAAACACGUUCGGGGUGGUACUGAACAGGCACCGAUCGCAUCGGACGAUAACUUGGACUCUGACUAUCAGGAAUAUAGGCGGUUAGGAGCCCCAGUCAGGAUUCUCCCUGGGGAUCACUUGAUAGCAGAAUGUACGUACAACAGUUCCGGGAGGCCGGCCAUUACCCUCGGAGGUUACACGAACCGACAGGAAACCUGUCUCGUCAUGGGUUUGUACUAUCCCAGACAGCGAAACUUGACGUCUUGCCAUAGUUUACCCAGUUUACCGACAGUUCUACAUUCGCUGGGUAUCCAGGAAUUAAUACCUGGUUCUAACCCUGUCCGAAUAGCUGCACCACCGGAAUUGGCGGGUAUGACUUUGGAGUCGAGACUCGUAUCAUACGACUGGGACAAUCACUUCCACAAUUUCCAAGAAGCUACCAUGAAGGGGUCCUUUAAGCCCAUCUGCCGGACGGCGCAAUCGAAAUUGUUACCGGGUACGGACUCCCUCGAAUCCCAUUAUCCGAACAUCACGCGCCCUUACGUUCGGAGCAACGCCGAUCAAUGCAGUUACCGAAGGUAUAGUACUGAAGGUUGGCCCGGAGGAACACCUAUAUUGGAGCUAGAUGGUAACCAUAUAGAAGGUGCGGCUAGAAGUAAAGUGUCGAGAAGUUCAAGUCCUUCGGAGGAAUCUUUAGGAUUAAGCAGACAAAAUGCAUCUGGUGCGGAUAACGUUCGCGUAACGAACUAUAUUUAUGUGUUUCUUGUGUUACUCAUUUUUGCCAUCAUUCGUUGAACUGUGAUAACUUUGUGAACUUAAAACAUUAAAAAAAAAACUUCUUGUGAAUGUGUACAUUUUAGUCGGAGACUCGUUUUCAUCUUUUAUUGAUAUAAUUUACUGGUGGCCUGCUGUGAAGAUAAUCAAUCAAGAAAGAAGAUAAAAGAAAGAAUUAUCAAAAAAAAAAUAUAUUGUCAGAUUGAAUUAAAGUCGAAUCCGUUUUUAUAUGGUUAUUACUAUAGCGUGUAUCAAGGACACACUUUUAAAAUAAUAACAAUUAAUAAAAUACGGAAUUAGUGCUUUCCUCAGAAAUGAAGACAACUAAAGACCCACAUUUAGUGAUUUUCAUUUGUUGUUUUCUGGUGUUAGUGGCUCAAAGAGGAAAUCACCCGUGCAAACCACCCUAACAUAACACAUUACGUAAUUGUUGGGGUCGUUUUGGUAUUCCUCGUUUGCGCCGCCGUCUGAAGCUGUGAUGCAAGUAGAUUAAGCACAUAGGUACGUGUUCUGUUCCUCUUCUGUAUCUACGUAUUUAUAGCGUUUCCGUUCGCUGUUGUUAGAGGUAUCCCAUUGUAUAAUGCCCCUUUGUCAUUAAAAACCAUUGUAAGUAUCAUGACGACGUGUAUAUGAAGAAAUGUGUAUAAGUGUGAAUAAAAUUAUUUUUUUCUCUAAUUUAUAGUCUCGACUGGUGCUAUACUCUGUAAUUUCAUUUUCUCGUAUCUUUUCCUUUAUCGUCGUUUAUAAAACUGAGCUGAUUAUUUAUUAUUAUGUAUUAUUGACUGUUUGUUAGACGAGGAUUCCUGUACAGUGUAGAUACUUGUGUAAUAUAUUUUAUAAAAUAAAUAUCCGUAAUAAAUAUCUAGUAAUAAA